AGUUUAGUUUGUCUUUCGACAGGUCACAUGUUCGCCCGCGGACAGUUUUUUAGCCGGGGUCUUGUUGUGUAGUGCUGGUUUAAAACAUUAAAAUUUGGUUUGUUGGUUUUUAUUAUCACUCCGAGACAGAUAUGGAGGCAUCAUUAGCAGCCAAUAUCAUCAGUUUUCUUGGCAAAACAGGUGGAAGAGACAAACUAUACAGGACUUGUCAGUAUGGAAGCAGAUUUGUGUGGUGGUGUGUACAGGAAAGCAAACGUGAUCCAGAAUUGGUGAAGAAGCUGAAGGGUUUAGACUCCCAUCUGAGCACCAGUAGGAAAUUACUCAGAAUUGGAAAAAGUGUUGAGUUUCUACGGGCAGCACAGAAAUCCAUCCAUCGGUCAGACCCCUUUCUCCAGUUCACUAUCACCUUAGCCAAUAUCAACAAGGCCUCCUAUCUACUAAUUGACCACCUCUUGUGGAUGCAUCGGAUAGGUCUAGUCAAAGUCAAUAGUACGUACUACGGUCAUCUAUCAAGUCGAUUCUGGUUGGCCACUCUGCUGCUCAGCCUAAGCACAGACCUAUAUGCCAUACUUGGUGUCCUUGGUACUCUCCUUCAGACUGAUACAACAAAGGUGUCUUUGGACUCUGAGAAAGCCGUGAAGCAGUAUUCCAAUGGCUCUGCCUCAGGGGCAAUUCCCAGUCACGAGACCAAUGGCCACAGAAACCACACGAUGCAUAGGACCUCACUAAAGCAGGUUUUGAUGACACUAUUCCGGUAUCACCUAGGACUCAUUUUGGACACUCUCAAGAACUUAGCAGACUUGUUCCUGCCAUUAUCCUAUCUCGGUCAUAUCAAUAUAUCAUCAGGAUUACAAGGUCUCCUUGGUUUAAUAAGUUCUAUAAUUGGAGUGUUAACUGUAUGGGAUACCAAAUAUCGAUUGGCAAUAUGAACACAUCUCACAGUAUGCUGGGCUCGACACAAGAUUUGUGUAUCUGUAGUAAAGUUAUUCCAACCUGUAUAAGAGCUCAACAGAAUGAUCAAACUUCUUAAUCUUCAGGGUCUAACCUUGAAAUUGAAGUAAUAUUCAAUAUCACAUGAGAACUUUCAUGUCUUUCCUGCAUUUAUGUGCUUGUGAUGUAUAUCUUUCCCACCCAUUUUUGUCUCGCCCAACCAGAGGUGAAGGUGAGACUUGGGGAUCCAAAUGCCGUCCGUCACAAACCUAAUGACACAUAACUCCUCAACCUUUCAACCAAACUUGGAUGGUAGAUGGACCUGCAGU